AUGGCCAGAGAAAUCAAAGAUAUAAAAGAAUUCGUUGAAUUAGCUAGAAGAUCAGAUAUCAAAUCAGCUGUUGUUAAAGUCAACACCAAAAUCAAUGCUAAUGGUAAAAAAUUCAAACAAACUAAAUUUAAAGUAAGAGGUGCUAGAUAUCAAUAUACUUUAGUAGUAAACGAUGCUACUAAAGCUAAAAAAUUACAACAAUCAUUACCACCAACCUUAGAUGUCAAAAACUUAUAA